AUGCCCGUCAUCACUGGCUCAGUUACGUGCACCGGCGGCGCUCCAACGGGCGACUGGUCCGAGCUGGACGGGUGCAUCAGCCCUGGCGGUUACCGCCUCGUCGGGCGCCAAGUCACCACUCUCGGCGACUACGCUCUCACGCUCGAGUGGUGCGAGGCCCGCCCGAUGAAGGUCAUCAGCGCAACGUGUCGCGUCUAUCGACGCCGGUCGAGCACGCCCAGCUACCAGUCGCUGGUCCACACGUGGAUCGUCAAGGAGACGCUGUUUCCUUUCGUCCGUGCCGGCAGCGCCGUCAUCUGCCCCGCGCCAUGGGGAGAGCACGUCGUCUACACGGUCAACAUCGAGCUCGUCACGCCUGACGACGGCCUCUUUGCCGUCGAGCGUCGCAUUGCCGGCCUCGAGCAGCAGGUCGCGGACCUCGACCUGGUCUGCUCGACUCGCACGACGACCGCCGCUCACUUUACGACCCUCGCUCUUGAUCAAGCCCAGAACGACGUCUGCCUCGACUUCCGCCAGCUCGGCCGCCAACUUUGGACGAUCGAGGCGUCGCUCUACCAGAUCUCUCCGCACUUCAAGGACAUCCUGUCGUCCGAGUUCGUCGAGGGCACGUCGACCGUCGUCAAUCCGUCGAGCGAGCCGGCCGAGCACGACACGUACGCGUUCGAGGACUCGGACGCCGAGACGGACGCCGCCAGCCUCACCUCGAGCCGCCAGAAGGGCCAGCAAAAGCCGCUCGCGCCCUUCAAGCGUAUCCCGAUCAGGGACAUCCCGUACUCGACCUACCUCGCCGUCAUCGUCUGGGCCCAGUCGCGCCACAUCACGUUCGCGCCGCUCCUCUCGACCUUUCGCCGCCCCGGUCUCGACGAGCCCUCCGUCGAUGCCGCCCGCCAGGACGCCGUGCGCGCCCUCGCCCUGACCCAGAGCCCGCUCCUCCCGUUCCCGGCGUCGCCCAAGUCGGUGUACCGCCUCGCCGACUACCUCUCGCUCGACGACCUCAAGCAGCUCGCGCUCGACAACCUCGUGUCGCAGCUCACGCCGACCAACGCCAUCUACGAGCUGUACAGCGACGUCGCGUGUGCAUACGACGAGGUGCGCGACGCCGUCCUCGAGUACGUCGUCGAGGACUGGUCCAAGGUCGAACAGGCGCCGGCGACGAGCGAGAUGGCGUCGGUCGACAAGGAGCUCCCCGUCGGAGCGGCGAGGACGGCGAUGCUGCUCGCGACUCGCCUCGGCCGGGUCAAGCGCUAA